ACGAAGUCCACGCCGCACUUUUGUUCAUGCCUAAGUGUUGCCUUCCCUCCCACCAACCUUAGCAACAGAGUGAACAUGGCGGCGUCCAGCAACGCAGAACAAUCACCAGAACUAUCCAGGCCUCUAAAGAUACCGAAAACGGAGGUGCCAUCCCCAGAGUCCGAGGAUUUGAGUGACAGUAACCAAUACCACUCAGGUCCCUCAACACCCAACCGCUUUUCGCCGUUGAACGUGAGCUCCGGAAACGCUGCUCGGACGGCGGCCUCAUCCUCCAACAACUACACUGCGUGUCGGGGGAUGUCGUGGACCCCUUCCGAAACAAACGCACUCAUUGCGGUGUGGGGAAACGAAAGGCUAACAGAGGCCAAGAUGCAGCAGCUGGAAGUCGCGGGGACCAUGUUCACCGGUAAGGCCCCAGGCCCCGCCAUGUAUGAGCGAGUGUCCAGAGCCUUGUCGGAGUUGGGCUACGAGAGGACCCCGUCUCAAUGCCGGGAGAGGAUGAAGACACUUCGGCGUUGUUACAGUCGUGUGAAGGAGCAUGGCAUUGGCAAGAGGAAGAGCAGUUACACUAUAGAACAAUUGGAAAAGGUGUUUGGUCAGGGAGGCUGGGACUCCCAGACCUGUGCUCCUGUGCUCAUCAACAGUAGCGGACUUUACCAGGAGAUGGAGUCUGAUGGCAGUACCUUGGAAGAUUUCUCCCAGGAGGACUGGUGCAAUCAGGUGCUUGACUCAGCUUUCCAGGAGGGAGACAUGGAUGCGGAAGAAAUACAGAUGCCGAAAAGCAGAGCUCUUCAUAUUCAAGUAGAGCACCAAGAGCACAUCCAAAAAAAGGAGACUAUGCAGACACUGAUACGUAUCCUGGAGUCUGUGCAGCUCAAAUGGGAGCACUUUCAGACUUGGACCGAGUUUUCACGCCUUCACCUCUCCAACAAGCUAGCCAUCUUCGGCAUUGGCUACGACACCCGUUGGCGAGAAGAAGUGCGUUACCAUCAUGCUGAGAUAAGUUCACAGGUUCCACUGGGAAAGAGGCUUCGUGAAUAUUUCAAUCCAGAGAAACCUGAGGGCAAAAUUGUUAUGACUAAAGUUCAAAAGAUGAAUUGGAAGAACGUCUACUACAAGUUCCUGGACAUUACCAUCAGUGAAGCGCGCUGCCUGGAGCUGCACAUGGACGUAGACUGGAUACCUGUUUCCUUAUCCAGGGACGCUGGGUGUAGCAUGUCGACAUCCCGUUACCUUCUACCUGGGGAUAUCCCGAAAACAUACGGACUCUAUGCUAUCGGUUAUGAGAUGUCGUCGUCGGGUCGGAACUCUCCCCAAAGUGAUAUCCAGAACUGUAGCUUACCUCAAUUUGAGUCAGAGAAUUUGUCAUCAAAUCAGGCUGAUGGAGAAGGAGCAGGGAAUAGUAGCAACACUGGAACAAAAGUCACUUACUGCUACCUUGGUAUUGCUGAAGAUAGGAACAUUCAACAGUGUCUCUUGCAGAAUUUUCAGAUUUCUGCCAAACACUAUUUCGAAAGUGUGCCCUCUUCGGUGACUCAUUUUCUGCAAGAAAACUGUCGCAGCGGUGUCUUAAAUGAUCCAGUGGGAGGCGGAGCCUUAGCGAGGUGUUUACCUAUUUACAUCAAAUUCAUAGAGGUGGAUCUGGACUUCUUGUCUGCAGGUUCCUUAGUGGAGUGCCUGGAAACUGCUAUUGGUUAUUCUUUGAAGUACAAUAUUAAUGGACCAUUUUAA